AUGUCGAAAAGCAUUGCGCUUCCUGCGCUCACCGCAUCCAUCCCGGCGUUCUACCACUUUCUGGCUCCGAAACAGGCGGUUGCGCAGGGGCUCUUCCUGCCCGUCGGCUACGGCUAUGUGGUUUCGACCGUCGUGUCGGCGCUCUGGGUGACGUUCCUGAUGGGAGUCAAGGUGGGAAGCGCUCGCAAAGCCGCCCAGGUGCCCUACCCCUAUCUCUACGCCGAGAAGGCGGUGGCGGAAAAGAACCGCGACGCGCAUCUGUUCAACUGCGCCCAGCGUGUGCAUCAGAACACACUCGAGAACCUGACGAGCUUCAUCUUCCUCACGCUCUUCAACGGAUUCUUCUUCCCGCGUCUGACGGCUGCGUUUGCGGCGACGUGGGUGGUGUCGCGCAUCCCGUACGCCAUCGGCUACUACUCGGGCACCCCCAGCAAGCGUGCGUUCGGCGGCAUCUUUAGCGGCCUCAGCUUCCUAGCUCUAUUGAUCCAGGCCACCUAUGUGUGCUUCGGCGUGCUCGGCGCGGUCGAGUACAAGAUCUGA